GUCGGCUCCGCGCGGCCGAGGCGGCGGAGCCCCUGGGCGGCGCCUGCGCGGGCGGGGCCGCGAGGCGGACUGCGGAGGCACCGAGCUCGUGCGUCCGGCAGGUCGACGAGUGCCAGAAGGGCGAGGCGCGUGUCGGCGGCCAUGGUGACAGCUCGGCCUCCACUACCCCCGAAGCG